AUGGCUUGUGAGACGCCUCAGCCCUGCUUGUGUUGCGGGGCUGCGAACGUGGACGACAGCUACGGCAGAGGGAGCAUAGGGUGCAGCGAAGCAGAGGGGGUAGCUGCUUGUGUUGCGGGGCUGCGAACGUGGACGGUAGCUACGGUGGUGGGUAUUCGGCAAGCCGCUGCUGUCCGUUUUCGUUUUGUUAACUAUCCCCCCGUUGUUCCCAUGCAGGUCCCACACGAAGGGUCCCCACCUCAGCGUGGGACUUCCCUUCAGGGCUUCACGUGGAGCGAGGAGGGCGAGGAGGGCGAGGGGGCAGCGCGCGGGGGGCAGCAAGAGGCGUCCCUAUGCAUAAUCCCCCCCUUCCAUUCCCUUCAGCAUGGCGGGCAGCGCGGAGACGACACGGCGGGCGGCACGGACGGAGUCGACUCGUGGGGCGAGGAGGGCGAGGGGGCAGCGCGCGGGGGGCAGCAAGAGGCGUCCCUAUGCAUAAUCCCCCCCUUCCAUUCCCUUCAGCAUGGCGGGCAGCGCGGAGACGACACGGCGGCCGGCACGGACGGAGUCGACUCGUGGGGCGAGGAGGGCGAGGGGGCAGCGCGCGGGGGGCAGCAAGAGGCGUCCCUAUGCAUAAUCCCCCCCUUCCAUUCCCUUCAGCAUGGCGGGCAGCGCGGAGACGACACGGCGGCCGGCACGGACGGAGGUGAGGUGCUGCUUCAUCGCUGCAGCGAGCAUGGCGGGCAGCGCGGAGACGACACGGCGGGCGGCACGGACGGAGGGUCCAAGACCCAAGACCGCCUCCGACUGCGGCAUAGGUGUUGUGCGGCAGGGGUUGCUGACGGCGUUGGGACGGACGCCUCCCGCGCCUGA